AUAUGUAAAUGUACGUAUUUUUCACGUCAAAAUAACAUCUCUCGAGAAUAUAAAUAAUUUUAGUGUACUAGUUAUUGUGUUUAUUGUUGUUUUAGCUUAAUUCUAUUUUAAUAUCAUCAAAUGGAAUACAAACAAAUCGUUUAAAGUGUAUGUGCAGCUUUUAUUGUUGAUAUUUGUGUACAUAUGUUUAAGUCUACUUCUUGCCACAACGAAUUUAGUUAAGAAAAAACAAUAACGGACUUCAAUAUGUGUUCGAUACAACAUUGACAAAGAGGAAUUUGAAACGUUUACGAAACAUAAUAUAUAUAUAUAUAUAUAUAUAUAUGUAUGUAUAAUGAAAAGUUCUACAGAAAACGACGUAACGCCCUGCGUAGCCGCCGGUCAGCGUAAAAAAAGAUUCCCCGGCCGAUGGUCGUUGCGACAUCUCAUUUAUUCUAGUCCGAUUUUAAAUAGAAGAAGAGGUCAGACAACGUCCGGUCCAUCGAAAACUUACGCCAAAAAAGAUGGUAAAGACGUACCGAGCGGCAGUAGAUCAGGUAAUAGUUCAAAAGAAAACGACAAACACCACGUGGAGAUCCACCAAGCUACUAGUAGGACUUCGGUGUAUACUACAAGCACGAAGAGCGGCGAAGCUCUACCGCCAUCAUUGGAAUGUCCCCUUUGUUUGGCCGAACUUACAGCGGAAGAUUUCUGCGAAUUGGAAGGUUGCGGACACCGCGCCUGCAUAUCUUGUUUCAAACAAUAUCUGCGAGUAGAAAUAACAGAAUCUCGAAUAUGUAUAGCGUGUCCCGAAUGUUUGGAACCGAUGCAUCCGAACGAAAUUCGCGCCAUAUUGAACAACGGUCCUUUAUUCGAAAAAUACGAGGAUUUUAUGGUGCGACGCGUAUUGGCCGUCGAUCCGGACGCGCGAUGGUGUCCGGCGCCGGAUUGUUCUUUCGCCGUCAUAGCCAGCGAAUGCGCCAGCUGCCCGAAAUUGAAAUGCGAACGUCCCGGUUGCAAUUCGUAUUUCUGUUAUCACUGCAAAGCCGAAUGGCAUCCGAAUCAAACGUGCGACGCCGCUAGGGCGCAACGCUCGCCGAAUAUCAGAUCGUCAUCGAUUUCUUACAGUCAAGAUUCGCAACACAGGGACGACAUAAAACCUUGUCCGCGCUGUCAAGUUUUAAUCGUCAAAAUGGACGACGGUUCUUGUAAUCAUAUGAUGUGCGCCGUUUGCGGAGCGGAAUUUUGUUGGCUGUGCAUGAAGGAGAUUAACGAUCUUCAUUUUCUUAGUCCGUCUGGAUGUACUUUUUGGGGGAAAAAACCUUGGUCCCGUAAGAAAAAGAUCUUAUGGCAAUUGGGUACUUUGGUCGGCGCCCCCGUAGGUAUAGCUCUAGUCGCAGGCAUAACAGUUCCAGCUAUGGUUAUAGGCAUUCCAGUUUGGGUCGGUAGAAAACUCUUCACUAGGUACAAGUCUUCAGGUAAACAUAAAAGGAACGCCGCCAUCGUCGGGGGAGUUGUGGCAUCGGUAUUAGUAUCUCCCAUUUUGGCCGGUUUAGCUGUAGGUAUCGGGGUACCAAUUUUACUAUUUUACGUGUACGGCGUCGUACCUGUGUCUUUAUGUCGUUCGGGAGGUUGCGGCGGUUCUACUUCUUCGGAAGAUUCGAACGUAAUCACUUCAAGAGCUGCCGAUGCAACUUCGAUAGAUGCGGUCAGCACCAAAGGACCUAAUCCUUCAAUAGGGGAAGCCAGUCUAUCACUCGCUAGCGGUAGUCAAGUACUUAGAGAUAUAGACAGAGAAUCCGCUAGUACAGUUGCUUUAGCCGGUAGUUUAAAUCAAGCCGGUCAAAGAUUAGAAGUCCAAGCGGAUCUAGCAUCCGCACAGAGGUUCAGCCUUAGCAGUUUAAGCGAAUCGAUGAAUGCAAGUAUAACAGACGAUGCGGGAGCUAGUGUUAGGGCUUUAGCAGGAUCAAUGCUAAAUUAUAAGGCUCCGGGUAGUGAUUCUUGUAGUUGUAUUACCACAGAAGACUGUACGUCAGAAAGAGUAAGAUUCGAUGAUAACGUCAGUUUUAUAACGUCUUCUCAAGCUGAGAAAACUAGCAUCGGUAGCAGUUGUAGCUUUCGAGCAAGAUGUGCCACGAUGUAUGCACUUUCAAAAUCCAAUGCCGCUGACAAAAUCAGCGAUACCCUUAGCAACGACAGUGUGUGCAUAGAAAUAGACGAAAAGCCGAAGAAAUAUUUUUCGCAGGCAGCUAUAUUACGCAGUCAAUUUUUCCAUUCCAUAAACGAUGGUAAACCGACUACCAAAAGUCUUGACGAUAAAACCAUCAUCGAAGUAUCCAAUGAAACGUUGGAUAAACAAUCACAACCGCUUAUAGUCACCGAAAAUGGACCUGCCAUCGUUAAACUAUCGUCGUCUUUGAAUUUCGAAAAUUCCAAAUUAUAGUUACCUUCUAUAGAUAUGAAAAAUUUUCUUGCCAAGACUGACGAUACGGGGUACAUAAGUUGCGGUUUUAACAAAAAAAAUAAAAAAUAUGUUGAGGUAUAUUCAUUCGAUUAACUUUUUAUUCGUUCCGGGGAGAGAUUUAUUGGGAAACAAUCAAGUUAUUGGUAAUUUUUUUAAUUAAAAUUUGAUUUUUAAGUCAUAUUUUCAUCGAAACGUCUCACUUUAACCGUAUUAUGGUGUUGCACUGAAAUCGGUUCUUUUUAAUCACAAAUAUCCACUUUUAUGUAUAUUUCUUUUAUAUAAAAAUAUUUUUCCUACCUUAUAAUGUUCAAAUUGAACAUCCCAUUCAAUUUCCACAUAAUUUAAUGUAAUUUUUAUUAUAUCGAAUUGUAAUUAUUGAUAAUUAAAAUAACAGAAUGUUUUUUGCAUGAAAUUUAGAAUAACAAUCGUAUAAUCUUCAAUCUAGUUCAUCUAAAUUAAAUUAAAGUGCUAUUUCUUGUUCUAGAGCUUUUUUUCUGGGAAUAAAUCAACCCAUACUCACUAGAGAAUGAAUCUGAAGAAUAUUGUGGUUACGGAAACCAAAUUCAUCGAUAUAAUUUCCUUCAAGAUUAAUCAAAGUCCCACCUUUCCUUAUUUAAGUGCUAUUCCUUGUUCUAGAGCUUUUUUUUGGGGAAUAAAUCAGCCAAUAUUCACUAGAGAAUGAAUCUGAAGAAUAUUGUGGUUGCGGAAACCAAAUUCAUCGAUAUAAUUUCCUUCAAGAUUAAUCAAAGUCCCACCUUUCCUUAUUUAAGUGCUAUUUCUUGUUCUAGAGCUUUUUUUCUGGGAAUAAAUCAACCCAUACUAGAGAAUGAAUCUGAAGAAUAUUGUGGUUGCGGAAACCAAAUUCAUCGAUAUAGUUUCCUUCAAGAUUGAUCAAAGUCCCACCUUUCCUUAUUUAAGUGCUAUUCCUUGUUCUAGAGCUUUUUUUUGGGGAAUAAAUCAGCCAAUAUUCACUAGAGAAUGAAUCUGAAGAAUAUUGUGGUUACGGAAACCAAAUUCAUCGAUAUAGUUUCCUUCAAGAUUGUUCAAAGUCCCACCUUACCUCAUUAAAGUGCUAUUUAUUGUUCUAGAGCUUUUUUUCUGAAGUUGAAUCAGCCAAUACUCACUAGAGAAUGAAUCUGAAGAAUAUUGUGGUUGCGGAAACUAAAUUCAUCGAUAUAGUUUCCUUCAAGAUUGAUCAAAGUCCCACCUUUCCUUAUUUAAGUGCUAUUCCUUGUUCUAGAGCUUUUUUUUGGGGAAUAAAUCAGCCAAUAUUCACUAGAGAAUGAAUCUGAAGAAUAUUGUGGUUGCGGAAGCCAAAUUCAUCGAAUUUAAUCAUAGAAUUUGGUAACGGUACCAUAAUGUUAAAGGUUUUCGAAAAUUACCUGGUACACAGUUUGAGUUUGAUUAAGGCCCCUUUUUAAUCGUCGCUUUUUUACCGAAUCUCCUUAUACCUCAACAUUGAUAAUAUGUAAAUAUAACGAGUAAUAAUUUUUUUUAUAUCAUACAAUUUUAAAGGGGAUUGUGAUACGAUUAAAAUAUUUCUUCCAUUUGAACAGAAAACGUCACUCUUUCUCUUUAACCAUACAUAAUUGUUAAAUAUUCGAAUUUGAUUAAUGAAAAAAUUCAAUCAUUUGUCCCCUUUGUUUUCCUCUUCUUUUUCAUUAUUUAAAAAAUAUUUUGCUCGUGUUUCACACUCCAUUUUUCUAUAUGUGUAUAAUUUGUAAGUGUAAAAUAUUUUUUUUAUAUAUAUAUAUACAUUAGCCCCCUCGUAUAAUAUUAUUUCGAUGGAUGAACGUCUUUCAAUAAUUAAUAAAUUUUAAUAUUUUGUUGACAGGACCGUUUUUCCUUCGGCUAUAUUUCACCUAAUGUGUUUGAAGAGAUUAUUUUUUUAAUUGUAACACCUGUAAUGAAAAUAUAUCAUAAAUAUACCUU